CCCUGGACCCAACCCAAACCCAAGAGAAGGGGCACAAGAAAAACACCCAGUGAAAUUAUAAGAAUUCACGCCCUCUACUGUCUCUCUAUCCCUCUCCACCACUCUGAGCAAAACCCAAGAAAGCCACGGCCGAGAUCACCAAGAACCCCAGAACCUAGAGAGAGGGGGAAGAUCUAGUCUUUUUCUCCCUGUUGCUCGAUCCAUUGAAGAUCAGCCGGAGUUCAGGGGAGAGGAAGAGGCGAAGCAAUCGAGCAAUCCGAGUGGAAACCAAGAAGAUUCAAUCAGGAGGUCAUGGUGGAGACGAGGAGGUACUGUCCCUGUGCCAGCCAUGGCUUUUUGCUGAUAGUACUACUCUUCUUCUUGUCCAUGUUUCACGAUGCGUCUGUGGCCGCCGCCGCCGCCGAUGCGUCGUCUUCCCCAACGCAAGAAACCGUCGACAUCAUGUCGAACCUCUCGAGUCUUGUGGGUAACCGGUGGAACACCACCUCGAAUCCGAAUCCGUGCAACUGGAGUGGAAUCAGCUGCUCGAGCUCUGGUUCCGGUUCAUUCUUGGCGGUGACAGGCAUUGUUCUGUCCAACUACGGCCUAUCCAACUCCUCCAUCUUUGCCCCCAUUUGCCGUCUCGACACCUUGCAAAAUCUUGACCUUUCCAGAAAUUCGUUCACGGAUCUAUCCGGCCAUUUUUUCUCUUCUUCUUGCUCCAUGAAGGCAGGGUUGCGGUUCCUCAAUCUGAGUAGCAACCAGUUAGCUCAUCCGCUCAGCGAUUUAUCGGGUUUCCCCCAGUUGGAGGUUCUUGAUUUGUCCUUGAAUCUUUUUACUAGUGGAAAUUUGAGCGCAGACUUGAGUUCUUUUCCCAAUUUGAUGAGCUUGAACCUUAGUACCAAUAAGUUGAAUGGUGACGUUCCUACCAGUAUGGUCGGCUCUUUGGCGGAGUUGGUGCUGUCUGGUAAUCAAUUGAGUGGUGCAAUUCCUCAGGUUUUGUUUAAAUAUGAAAAUCUUACUUUGCUGGAUCUCAGCCAGAAUGAUCUAACUGGUGCUGUCCCAGAUGAGUUCAAGAGUCUCACCAAGCUCGAGAAUUUGCUCCUUUCAGAAAAUAAACUGAGUGGGGAAAUACCAGGGAGUCUGUCGAUUGUGACGACGCUGUCUCGGUUUGCAGCUAACCAGAACAACUUUACUGGUCCAAUCCCCAGCAGGAUUACCAAUCAUGUCAGAAUGUUGGAUUUGAGUUAUAACAAUCUGAAUGGGGCGAUCCCCUCAGAUUUCCUCUCGCAUCCGGGGCUGCAGACUGUUGAUCUUACCAGCAACUGGGUUGAAGGGACUAUCCCCGGCAACUUGUCUCGAAGCCUCUUCCGGUUGAGGCUUGGUGGAAACAGGCUUGGUGGGAACAUCCCAGACUCCAUUUGUGAUGACAUGAAGUUGGCUUAUCUUGAGUUGGAUAACAAUCAGUUGACUGGAAAUAUACCUUCAAAACUUGGUAAAUGCAACAGCUUGUCGUUGUUGAAUCUGGCAUCAAAUAAGCUGCAGGGUCCAGUGCCUGGUGCUAUUAGCAGCCUCGACAAACUGGUUGUUCUGAAGCUUCAAAAUAACAGUCUCAGUGGACCUAUCCCAAGUACAUUUUCUGAUUUAAGAAGCCUGAGCACACUGAAUCUUAGUCAGAAUUCGUUCAAUGGAGAGAUUCCAAGGGACAUCUACAAGUUAUCAAAGCUUUCUAUCUUGGAUUUGCAAAACAACAAUAUCAGCGGUGACAUUCCAAUUUCAAUCGGUUUAUUAGAAUCUCUAAUCGAGCUCAAUCUGGGGAAUAAUUCUCUGAAUGGCACCAUCCCAACCAUGCCAACUAGCUUGAGCACUCUUCUUAAUCUUAGUCACAACCUUCUUUCUGGAUCUAUUCCUUCAAAUAUUGGCAAUUUAAGGGAUUUAGAGAUUCUUGAUCUUUCAUACAACAAUUUGUCUGGUGAGGUACCAUCUUCACUAGGGUACCUGCAAAGCUUAACACAGUUGGUGCUUUCUUAUAAUAUUCUUUCUGGGUCUGUUCCUAGAUUUCGGCAGUCCGUGCAAAUUAGCAUCACUGGAAAUCCUGAUCUCGCCAAUGGUGCAGGAAACAAUACUGACACUCCUACUACUGGUAAGAGAAGGACACACACAGUUUUCAUCGUCAUCUUUGCUAUUGCCGGAGCUCUUAUUGGAUUAUGCUUGCUUGCUGCUAUUGUUAUGAUCUCAUUAUCAAAGAGAAUUUACCGUGUUGAAGAUGAAAGGCUACCAGCUGGGGAGGGUGUUGCUCAAAUCAUCAAUGGCCACCUCAUAACUAUGAACAGCAUCCACACCUCUGCAAUUGAGUUCAUGAAAGCAAUGGAAGCAGUCUCCAAUCACCAGAACAUCUUUCUGAAGACCAGAUUCUGCACCUACUACAAGGCUGUAAUGCCUAAUGGCUCAACCUACUCUGUAAAAAGGCUUAACUGGAGUGACAAGAUAUUCCAAAUUGGGAGCCAAGAGAAGUUUGGCCACGAGCUUGAGGUACUUGGGAAGCUCAGCAAUUCCAAUGUCAUGGUACCAUUGGCCUAUGUGUUGACAGAAUACAAUGCGUACCUCCUCUAUGAGCAUGUGUACAAGGGCACAGUUUUUGACUUCCUCCAUGGUGGAAAGUCAGAUGUUCUUGACUGGCCGUCACGGUACAGCAUUGCUUAUGGGGUGGCCCAAGGGCUGACCUUUCUUCAUGGGUGUACUCAGCCAGUUCUGCUUCUUGAUCUGUCCACAUGGACUAUCCACUUGAAAUCAGUGAAUGAACCUCAGAUAGGAGAUAUUGAGCUUUACAAAACUAUCGAUCCUUCUAAGAGCACGGGGAGCUUUUCAACAAUUGCUGGUACAGUUGGUUACAUUCCACCAGAGUAUGCAUACACUAUGAGGCUGACGAUGGCUGGCAAUGUUUAUAGCUUUGGAGUCAUUUUACUGGAGCUGUUGACAGGGAAACAAUCAGUCAGCGGUGGCAUUGAGUUAGCCAAGUGGGCUCUCAGCCUUUCAGCCAGGCCUGAUCAAAGGGAGCAGAUCCUUGAUGCCAGGGUCUCGAGAACUUCAGUUGCUGUUCACAGCCAGAUGUUGUCGGUCCUGAACAUCGCUCUCUCUUGUGUUGCCUUGUCUCCAGAUGCUCGGCCAAAGAUGCGCAACGUCUUGAGGAUGCUCUUCGAUGCAAAGUGAGGCAGAGCAGUCUUUAUAUCUUAGAUAACUUCCUCUGGAGUUUGAUCUUUGCUUGGUUUGUGGAUGUCAGUACUCAGUAUACCGGCAGUCAAUGUAUAGUUCCAUAGGACCCUAGUUCAUGAUAGAUUGUCAUAUGAUUGAUGAAUUGAGUAAUUAGGUUAUCUGUUUUGGAGUGACUGGCCAUAUGAUUUCUAUGGCAGAGAUGGUUAUAAGCGAAGUCUAAAAGUCCUGUUUCUCA